AAUUGUAAAACUUAAGUAUAAUCAUUUGUUGUAGCCAUAAACAUGACGUCAUGCUGAAUUCUUGUUAUUAGAUUAUCUGUGGUCGGGCCCUAGCCUACCUGCCUUCAUGAAACGGUACUAGUUACAUUUCUGCAACGUUUUGCAGUUUUCUAGUUACAGGCGAACACUGUAAGUUACGAGUGUGUUAGCCAUCUAGAAUUAAAACAAAACCAAUGUAGCAAUGUAUGUGUAUGUACAAGAAGAUUAAAUCUUUCCGCUGGAAUUACUACAUUAGUAUACCCUCGAGGGUAUCACAAUCCAUUGUUGGCCCUGUUAGCUGGUUAUUAUUGAAGCGUAGGUAUUGAUAGCUAGUUAAUGUUUUCCUAUCGAAGAGGCGGGAAUCUGAAGCGCAUAGUUUUGGAUGCAUUCGCUUUACACCAGCAAUUCAUUUGACAUUCUGCUUCGAAUAGGAUUUCACUUUUCUGAAGACCAGCAACCAAGGCAUUACAUGGAUUAUCUGUGUUUUAGAACCCUGUGCUGUAAAGGACCUCCCCCACCCAGACCAGAGUAUGAUGUAGUGUGUAUUGGGCUCACAGGCUCUGGAAAGACCAGUCUGCUUUCCAGACUUUGCAGCGAAGCCACAGACAGCAUUGUCCCUACUACAGGUUUUAGCAUCAAAGCUGUGCCAUUCCAGAAUGCCAUACUGAACGUCAAGGAACUAGGAGGAGCGGACUCCAUUAAGAAAUAUUGGAGCCGGUAUUACCAGGGCUCUCAGGGUGUGGUGUUCGUACUGGACAGCGCCUCAUCAGACGAGGACCUAGAGGUGGCACGAACAGAGCUCCACUCAGCCCUGCAGCACCCACAGCUCUGCACGCUGCCCUUCCUCAUACUGGCCAACCACCAGGACAAACCCGCCGCCCGCUCUGUGCAAGAGAUAAAGAAAUACUUUGAGUUGGAACCUUUGGCUCGUGGUAAAAGCUGGGUGCUGGAGGGCAGCACAGUGGACAACAUGGAUGCUGUAAAGGAGAGCUUCAGCCAGCUCAUCAACCUGCUGGAAGAGAAGGACCAGGACACCGGAAGGAUAUGAUCUAGCGGAAACUGUAGAUCCCAGCAUUCUUUGCGCCAAACACUACAAACCGCUGCAUUGCCAUAGGCCAAUUUUGCAUGACCUCUGAGCACAGCAGGUUUGCCUCCAGCACUGAAACCUAACAAAUCAAGCAGGGAACCAUGUGACCAUCAUGAGGUCUUAGACUUAAGGAUUCAUAUCUGCCAAGAAAUAAUGGGGCUCAUCAUAUUUGAAAUAUGACUUCUCUCAACAACUUUGUAUUAACCAAGUACAAGUGUACAGCACUUGAUAACUAUUGUCAAUUUGUGUGUGUGUGUGUGUGUGUGUGUGUGUGUGUGUGUGUUUGUUUUUGUCCUGUGUAAUACAGACUUAGCUGCACAUUGCUACUUAACUGAUAAACUUUCACUUGCGUGGUAUGUAGAGAAUCUAGAACGUUUUUCUUGUUUGUGAUGGAUUGUUUUGUUUAGUGGGCACACUUGUGCGCAUCUGCAGCAGAUGAGUUUGUACUAAAAAGCCUUAAAGUAUGUCCCGAUGUGUUUGUAAACCAAAUGAUAAAUUGACAAGUGUAUCAAGUGAUGUAUCAGUCCGUAGAUGUAACUUUGAUCUUAAAGAAUAGUGGCCAUAAAAUACUCAGCACUUGUAGUUAAAAACAAAAAAUUACUUCCUUGUCAUGGCAUACAAUAAAAUGUGUGGAUUCAAACUCUUAGUAUUAUAGAAAUUAAUUUAGAGAUGCAUCAUCAAGAAAUCAUUUUUGAGGUUUUUGUUUUGUAUGUUUGUUUUGUUUUUUAAUUAUUAUUGUUUCCAAGGGAUUUUCACUAAAGCUUCUGGAAUAUUGUAAUACUUUUCACUAGUCUAUAUUUUCCCCAUAAUUCAGAGCAUCACUUGUAUUUGUUUUACCUGUAUGACAAGUCUUGUCUCUUAAUAGUAAUUAAUCAUGGUAAUGAAUCAUCUCAAAGGUUCAGUGACUGUAAUCAUCAAUUACAACAGUGCUAUACAGCAUAAAAAGUUAGACAUAUGUGAAUGAUGUGACUGGUGAAAAGUGAAUACUUUUGGUAUGGAUUAAUUACCUGUAUUUAUGUAGAAAACAUAUUUGUUGAAAAUAAAUGUCUUCUGUACUGUUGCCUUGGAAUGCAAACUGCUCGUUUGCACACCCACAACACCCAGCCGGCUGCACCUUUUCAGAUAGAGUGUGCGUUGUCCACUUGGACUCCUUUGUCUCAACUCCUACUCCUCUCUAAAACUCAGAAUGGAUGUCACACUAGUAUGCUGAGCUAGAGUUAUUUCAAACUGUUCACAUGAUGGUGUCCUAAAUCUGAAGUGUUCAUCAACCCCACUGACACCUGGGAAAUGUCAUCUUUGUAGUAUACAUUCAGCACCCUGGUGUGUUGGUAUCACUUAAAAGAUUUUAUCCCCCUGGACAAUUCAACUGCCUUUUUGUAAUUUAAAAAUUUGUACAUUUGUUACACUUUUUUUUGGUGAGGGAGUGCUCAUGCCUGCUUUUGUAAUGGAAUAAAUAUGGAUUUGAGUUAAUUGCAAAAUUAUUAACUCUGUAAAUAUGUAAUUUAUGACUAAUUUCCAUUGAGAACAUGGUCUCAAUAAAGGCUGAUGUAUGACAAAUGUUAUCUGUGAUGAGUGCAACAUCAGCAUGAGUGAUUUUGUCAUGAAGUAAUUGGUCCCUAUAUAGGGAAAUGUGUGCAGAAAGAAUUAAAUGACUUUAGGUGAAGAUUUGGAUUAGGUCACCUAUUGAGCAUAUUAGUGUUGGGCUUUCCUGAAUAUGGAUUAAGACAAGUCUGCAUUGCCAAUAUGAAAUCAGUCUUCUCUGUAAUUUACAGUGUAAUUUGACUGCAUAAAUACUCCAUUCAUGGUUUGUAAAUUAAUUUAUAACAAGGACUCGUAUAAAAUGUAUACCUUUUUGCUUUUCAUGUCAGAAGCAUCCCUGCUGUAUCCCUGCCCAUUCCAGAUUGGUCUUUAAAAAAAAACCCUGAGCUUUUAUUUACAAAUGUUUUCCUUUUGUGCUGAUCUGAACCCUCUUGUGACAGAGGUGGAAGAAGGCUUUCCUCUAGGCUAGCUAAGCGUUACUCAGUGGAUUUCAUUUACAAGAGAUGAGUCAUGCAUGAUCUACCCAGACGCCUCUCUGUCCCUGCUGGUCUGAGACCAUAGCCCUGGAUAUCAUUUCUCUUCAUUAGUUUGCAGGAGUUUCCAUUAAGCCUGAUGUUAACACUCUUUCUCCACUAGCUGAUUUAUCGAUGUUCACUAGUUCACAGACGAGUAGAUCAAAGUCAGGUCAGGUUCUAAUAAGUGUUCUAAUAAAACAUAAGUGUUCAGUGUCGUGUUAUUUUUUGUUUGCUUGUUUGUUUUUCUUUGAUUUUUUUUUUUCUUUAAUUUUUCAGACUGCCCAUCUUCUUGGAGCAGUUUUAUGUGGAAAAUAUGAGUGAGCAACUUCAGGGUGCAGUAGGGUAAUGGAGUGUGCUGUGCCGAUUACUCGGCCACUAACAAUUCAAAAUCAACGAUCUACAAUAUAUGCACCAGCUAUAAAUAUUCAUAUUUUAUAUAGGGAAUGGCAAUUGGCCAGAAGAAGAAUAUUAUAUCAUUUGUAGUUUGUUUUUGUUUUGUGGUUUUGUUUUUUGGUUGUUUGUUUGGUAAGUUUCUUUGGAAUAAA